UUACAUCAAACCUAAGGUUACCUCUGAGCUGGACUUAGAGGAAUCGGAUUCCAGGUCUAGUUAUUUGCUGUUUGUCGCGGAAGAUAUUGAGGAAGAUGCGUUGCCUGGUCAUCUAUGCUGCAUUAGCUAUAUUUGCUGGUCAAAUAUUUGCUCAGGUUACCGAGCCAGUACCCAGGAAUGGAACUGAAAGGCCUCCAAUAGAAGAAAAGACCGUGGCUCCAGGGGGUGAAAAUAUUACGGGAAUUCCAACAGAAGGUGACAAAACGCCACCAGCUCUCCCUGGCGUUGAUCCAUCCCCCGAACCCGACCACGACGGAGAAGAAACCGGAAAAGGAAAAAUCUGGAAGAAUCGCAUCGCCAAGUGGAAGAAAAUGCGAUUGAACAAGAAAGGUCCAGCACAAGAGAAACCAGAAAUCAAAGAUGAUGAAGAGCCCGGACAAGAAACACGGGAUAAGGCAAAAGGACCAAGACCUAAUGGGAAAACUGAUAAGGAACGUCGACCAAAAUUUGGAAAACGUAGAGAAAGGGGGAUGAAGAUCUUUCCAUGAAGUCAUUUAUUAAGCAAAGAAAUGCCAAAAAAUGUUUUAAGUUUAAUAUUUCAUUGAAAAAUUGGAAAUCAAAGGUGAAGCUAUAUCAAAAACAUUUUUCGUAGAAUCUUUUUAUUUCAUUUGAUCAUGU